UGGUCGGGGAAGAAACCAGAAGUACCGUACACGCGUGACCGAAGCUCCCCGAGCGUAAUGUACCGUACAUUCGUGAAGUCAUGCUUUUACUCAUGUUAGGCCUACACCUUCAUGACCUCGUUUCCCUGAAAAGUACUUUCCAGGGGGAUCUGGUCAUGCUGGUCGAGGGUGAUCAUCGUGCGUCUGUUUAUCUACAUGGCUGUACAUAUGCAUGUACAGAAUGGAGAACUACCAGAAGUAGUGAGCCCUGGGCCUCGGCACGGGUACGGUCGGCAUUGUAUGGCACACCACGGCCCUUCGUGAAGUCAUAUCAUGUACUGUUGUUAGGCCUACACCUUCAUGACCCUUGUUUCCCAGAAAAGUACACUGCAAGGGGGGAUCUGGUCGAGAGGGCAUCGUGCGUUUGAUUUUCUUACUUCCAUGCUUCCAGGAUCCACGUCAGACAGACAUGACUGAGCUGAGCUCCGUUACCUGAUUUCGUUACUGGGAAAAAAUCAUUCAGCUUGAUCGGAUCGUGGUUUAAUAGUUAUACAUCAUAGACCCGGAAUCCAAAUUUGACAUGGUUGAUUUCCGCCGAAUGUCGGCGUAGUGUGUACAUGUACAUGUACAAGGAGACACACGUUGUACAGCGCACUUCAGUAUGACUAUAGCCUAGGGUGUUCCUUCGUUUGUGCCUACAUUCUGAUCAACACGGCCAGCUGCAGGUAUCGGCUGAUCAUACAUGUUACUUCACACUGACAGACUGGUGCAUGGUUAAUCAGGUAAAGUCAGGCACCCAAUGUUCCCCCGUUGGAGACUUGUGGGAGGAAUGGCCCACGGUGAACAUCCAUGGAGCCAAUCGAGUGCCUGUCACAAAACAUCGAGAUUACAGCUAUAGUGCCUCCAUUUUAUGCUCUAGCAGCUGUAACUGAUAAAGAAAGCUGGUAAAAAGCACCACCUAAUAGUUCAAGUACUGUUCUGGCCUACAUAAAAGUGUAGCCGGACAGGGGUGGUAACUUAAUUUCAACUGGAAAGUUCAACCGAAGAACAAAGAAGAAUUAUGGCCGAAGGUCAGGCUCCAUUAUCCACACUGACUUUAUUCAUGGAGGAAGGAAAACAGAAGGAGAGAGCACAAAUUGACUUCAAAGGGACAGUGAUGGUCGCCGCGGUCGUAAAAACAGCGGUGGUUGCUCCCACUGAGCUUCUUAUGUAAACACCUCCCUAAUUCAAUUUUCGCACGGUCGAGCAGCUUUCGCUAGGAAUCAUGGGAAGGAUUUUGCCUUAUCAGUUGCGCGCAUACGUAUAUAUCUAGGAAUACUACAUCCAACAUGGCUGCCUACGGACCGGAAGACUUUGUUUACGGUGAUUUUGAUUUUGAAGGUUUGAGUGAUUUUUCCGAUAUAUCGGAGGACAAAAUUGAUUCCGUGGAGAAUGUCAUUACUGACGACGAGGAGGAGGAUGAUGGUCGUAAGUUUAGCUUUUGCAAAGGGUUACCAACAAAAGAAAUGAUCGCAUGUGAAGGAACAAACUGCAACGUGGAGUGGUUCCACUAUGCGUGCGUCGGCCUCACCGCGGCAACAAUACCAGAUGGCAGCUGGUUUUGCGAAAGCUGUCGGCCUAGUAUAUUGUUGUCAUUGAAACCGAAAGACAAAGCUCCCUCCACAUCUGGCACUGGAUCGGGACAUGGCAGUGUUGAUGAGCUAGACAAUGAUGCUAGUACAAGUAAACAACAAGCAACCUCAGCAACUACCACGGAUGAUCCCAAUAAAGAAAGCAAGACCAAGAAAGAAGAAAAAAAGAAGACGGAUAAGAAAGCAAUGGAAAGACCCACAGCUAAGUUCACCAAGGAGGAUGCCAUAGGGAAUGCUGCUUCCUACUUCACAGGGGUUCUUUCAUCAAUGAAGGAUCAUCCAAUGUUUAACCUGGGGAAUACCACAACUCUGCAAGCACUUGCCGUGAUAACACAGCUGCUUUUAUGCAUUAAUGAAGCGCCAGUCCAGGAAUUUUGCACAUCAGCCGUGACUGCUCUGUGGUUCAUCUUGGAGAGUGAUGACAGCAUGCAAUUGAAAGAGCAAGCAUACAUGAACAUUUGGGUCAAGUACCACUGACUUACGGGUGAACUCUGUGCAAAGU